UGGCCUGUAUUGUAGUGCUGAGUGUAUAGAUCGCCGCAUACGGCAUAGUAUAAGUAGUUGAGUCGCAGUCUCGCAAUCAAUCGGGGCGGGUCGCGGGUCGUCUCUGCAGUUGUUAUAUAAAUCGUGUGUUCUGAGUGUAGGGCGGCCCGAUAGUUAUCUCGACCAGAAAGUGUACUUAAACCAGUAACAAUGUUACAUCUUAAAACCAUCGCGAGAACUGUAGCUCCGCCUCUUAAAAACACAAUUCAAAAUGAGGCAGUCAGUAGUGUCCUCAGAAUAGCGCCCGCCGCAGUGAACGUUUGCUGCCGAUCUUACGCGAGCCAUGAGAUUCCUGAUAGGCUUAAAGAAAUUCCAACCAGUUCGAAUCCUCGAUUUUUCGAUAUGGUGGAAUACUUCUUUCAUAGGGCAUGCCAAGUUGUCGAAGAUAAGCUCGUGGAGGACAUGAAGUCAAGAGUAUCCAUUGAGGAGAAAAAGAAGAAAGUAGCCGGUAUCCUGAAACUGAUGCAGCCUUGUGAUCAUAUCUUAGAAAUUCAAUUCCCACUGAGGCGUGAUUCUGGCGAUUAUGAAAUGAUUCUUGGAUACAGAGCUCAACACUCCUCGCACAGGACCCCAACAAAAGGAGGUAUAAGAUUCUCAACAGACGUAACACGGGAUGAAGUGAAGGCCCUUUCAGCUCUUAUGACCUUCAAGUGCGCUUGUGUCGACGUUCCGUUCGGUGGAGCCAAGGCUGGAAUUAAGAUCAACCCCAAGGAGUACUCUGAACAUGAGCUCGAGAAGAUCACGCGAAGGUUCACUCUAGAGCUGGCCAAGAAAGGAUUUAUUGGGCCUGGUGUGGACGUGCCAGCCCCUGACAUGGGCACAGGAGAGCGAGAAAUGUCCUGGAUCGCAGAUACAUACGCAAAAACCAUUGGUUAUCAAGACAUCAAUGCGCAUGCUUGUGUUACCGGGAAACCAAUCAAUCAGGGUGGUAUUCACGGCAGAGUAUCAGCUACUGGACGCGGUGUUUUCCACGGUCUUGAGAACUUCAUCAACGAAGCCAACUACAUGAGCAUGAUCGGAACUACACCCGGCUGGGGCGGCAAGACCUUCAUCGUGCAAGGCUUCGGUAACGUUGGCCUUCACACUUGCCGCUACUUGGUGCGGGCUGGAGCGACCUGCAUCGGUAUCAUAGAGCACGACGGCUCCAUCUACAACCCUGACGGUAUUGAUCCCAAGAAAUUGGAAGACUACAGGAUCGAGAACGGAACCAUCGUUGGAUUCCCGGGGGCGCAGCCUUACCAGGGCGAAGACAUGUUGUAUGAGAAGUGCGACAUAUUGGUGCCGGCCGCUAUUGAACAAGUCAUUCACAAGGACAACGCCCACAAAAUACAAGCUAAGAUAAUCGCCGAGGCUGCCAACGGUCCCACGACUCCCGCGGCAGACAAGAUCCUCAUCGACCGCAACAUCCUGGUAAUCCCCGACCUGUAUAUCAACGCCGGCGGUGUCACCGUCUCCUUCUUCGAGUGGCUCAAGAACCUGAAUCACGUGUCGUACGGCAGGCUCACCUUCAAAUACGAGAGGGAGUCCAACCAUCAUCUACUAGAGUCCGUACAGGAGUCGUUAGAGCGUCGUUUCGGUCGCGUGGGAGGUCGUAUCCCCGUGACACCGUCCGAGUCCUUCCAGAAGAGAAUAUCCGGCGCCUCCGAGAAAGACAUCGUCCACUCCGGACUUGACUACACCAUGGAGCGAUCUGCUAGAGCUAUAAUGAAGACGGCGAUGAAGUUCAACCUCGGUCUGGACCUCAGAACUGCCGCGUACGCCAACUCCAUAGAGAAGAUAUUCACGACAUACGCGGAUGCUGGACUCGCCUUCUAGACAUGUCGACCACUUUAAAGUAUUUUCUGCAUUUUAAGACUCCCGUUUAGCUCCCCGCGCAACGACUGCGUACUCUUAAGACAAUUAAUCACAGUAUAUUUCUUUUUAAAUCAUGGCUUUUAUAUUUUUACCUAUUGCAUUGUUAAGGGAAAGUGAUUUUUUUCCAAUUAUAAUGUCAUGAAUUUCGAAAUAAAUCGUUUUACUGUUUAA